UGCUUGAGCGAAUUUUUCUGCCACGUCACUUUAGCGAACGGUGAAAAUAUUGGCAAUAAUUAUGUUAUAUGAUAAGCUUUAUUAGGUCUGACUUCCGUUGCAGGCGGCAUUCAAUUAUACCUGCUAUACUUUCAACGUGAAAAAUAAAUUACUGAGAAAGACAAACGAAUGGGAAAACGAAGAAAAAUGUUUUAAUUGGGAGUUUUGUUGCUCUAAUGAAACCGCAUAAACAGAUAGUAUUAAUAAUUGAGGUAGCGUAGAACAGUUCCAUCAGCCAUGAACGGACUGAAAACUGUUAGUUUUAAUCAAAAUAACGGCUGCAGGGAUGCUAGUUGCCGUGAUCAAAGUUGCCAAAACCAACAAAUUAGCAAGGAAAGCGUGACUACCUUCGAUAAUUUUGCACCAAGUGGUAAUACUAGUAAUUACGAUUGUGAUGUUGUGAGACCGCAUUCAAUAAGCACAACAACUGCAGGAAAAUACGAGUGGGAACAGUUUGGCAAUGGAGAUGUUAUGAUUAAAUGUGCAGAUACAGGAAAUUCAACGUAUCGUAAGCCAUAUCCAGUGCAACCAGGUUACGAGAAAAUCAAAGCGAAAAUGAGCGCGGAUGUAUUGUAUGAUAACAAGAAUGGAGUUUACGUCCAGAAAGACACAGGAGUAAUUGAUAAUACACAGUUGUACUUCGUGCUGAGUAAUAUUGUCCAGUCAAUAGACGAGAAGGCUCUGGUACGGUUGCUCGACCAGAAUCCCAGUAUUGUCAACACGCUUUACUCGUCGGACUUCGUGAACACUACCAGUUUGCUGCACCUGUGUGCAGUGAGAGGCGUGAAGGAACUCCUGGACACCCUGGUUAGUCGAGGAGCCAUUUUGGACAUCCGCAACAACAAGAACGAGACCCCACUGCACCUAGCAUGCAGAAGGGGCAUUCUGGCCACAGUGAGGUACCUGAUAGAGCAUGGUGCUGAUUUACACGCGGUGGACAAUGAAGGAAACUCAUGUGCUCAUUUUUCAGCCCAGUCUGGAUCAACACUGGUCAUUGAACUUCUAUAUGAGAGAGGCCUGGAUCUGAAUGCAAGAAAUGCAUCGGGAAUGAGUGUUGGUCACACGAUGGUCACAUAUGGAAUGAAUUCGUGUCUGCACUUUGUGCUGAAGCAUCGCAGAAUCGACCCGACAGUCAAGGAUAACAACGAAGACAAUAUGCUCGAUCACGCUAUUCGAAUUGGUGAGGCCAACCAGUGUGCAUUGAUGUUGGAGUAUGUUCCCAGCCUUAUAAAGACCAUCAAGCCCCUCCCUGACAUCAACUCACUAGAAUCCUUCAAGUCAAAAGCUAGAGUGCAAACAGCCGUCAAAGUAGUCCAGCAUGCGCAGAAGCCACAAUGGAAACUCAAAUCAACUUAUUACCUCCUGGCCUUCCGAAAUUUCUUUUCUAUUUUUCUCAGUUUUCUGCUAAAAUACGCAUUCGGCUACAAGGGUGCCUUUUUCGGUAUGGCUGUAGUAGUUAUUGACUGCUACAAAACAUAUCAAUCUUCACACAGGCUGAGAUUCGAUCGGACUCCGAGUCCGUUCUUGGCGGGAGCCUUUCUAGCCGGACUUUUCUUUACCUCUAUUGCUUCUCUGAAUUUGACUGGCUUUUCGUUCACGCGGUUAGUUUUUGGGUCUGAAGAUGGCAUGGAUAUAGCAACUGCGAUGGCGUCAAAUGGAACCUCAUGGAGUUUCGUGUGUUAUGUGUUGGUGAUGAUGGUAGUUAUGUGGUGGAUGUAUUUCAAACUAAUGUUGAGAGGAGUGAAGGGCGCUAAUUGUGGGGAACUUUACACUGGGAAAAUUUGGGAUAUUGCCUACGACAAGCCCAAACAGACGAGUCUGUGUCUGCUGUGUUACACAGUGGGUGAGUCUAGACACACUAAGCACUGUCGGCUGUGUGAGUCCUGUGUGAGUGACAUGGACCACCACUGUCUCUACAUGCUCACAUGUGUGGGCAGGCACAACCACAGACUCUUCAUCCUAUUCCUCAUCGUCACUGUCCUCUCGCAGAUUUCCUUCGUUAUCUUCGCUCUUCAAACUUUCCAUGACCUGAUCGUCCCUGCGCUUCAAAUUGGAGAGCCGGUAGACUUAGUGGCCAUUCUGCUAAAUAACUACUUAAUUGUCAUGUGUCUCCCACCCAAUAUCAUAUCCUGUAUCUGGGGUGUGUCAUUCAUUCAGAAUCAGAUCUUUAAUAUAUCCAGAGGUCAAACAGCUUACUUCCAGAGCUACAUGAACCAGAAUUUGCUCGGAACGAAGGAUAAAGUGAAGAAUGUAAAAGACUUUUUGGCUGGGAAAAGAGUGUUGUCAACAGGAACGAAGAGCAAUUGUACUUACGCGUAACAUCUUUUUUGUUAUUUUGUAUUGAUAUUUUCAGCUUUACCACCCAACCCAUGCCAUCUCUUUGGCGUGUUUGAAGCAGCUUUGCACGGAUAUCUUAUAUUUACGUGAUCUGAUUUUAAUACUGCGUGACAUGGCUACUAAAUACCGAAAAAUAGCAAUGAUUCAAGCAUAGUUUUUAGCCAUAACUGUAAGUGUCAACUGAAUCAUGCUUAAAUUAAUAGGUUUUUGACGCGAGAGAGCUUUAGAUGUUUGAAGAAUGUUCCAACUUUAGUAAGAAAAACAGUUCAUGUAAAUAAAUAUUUUUAUAUAUGUUCCAGAUUGAGUUUUGAAUUAGAGUACGCGUUUGCUUGUUACCUUUUAGAUAUUACAUUUCUAUUCCUUUGAAUUAAAAUUUUGAA